AUGACCGGGACUCGCCAGCACCGCCCGACCAGUGCGCCCCUAUACAACGCGCUAGCGGGAGACCGCAUGUCACCCCACCGAGAAGACCUGAACGGCGCGAACGGCUCCGGCGCAAGCGCGGUGGCGUGCAGGGACGGUGAGCCAUGUCUGGGAGCAGACGGUGCGUUCCUGAAGGGCAACCAUUAUGCCGCCCCGGUACAUCGCAAGAGUUCUGAGGUCCCUCCCCCGGAAAGACCGACAACCAUGGCCGCCGGCCGACAACAGAACCCGGGAAACCCGCGUCCGCUGUACCACGUCAGCGGGCGCCGACAUCUGUCCGCCCGACUUGCUCGAGACACCCUCCGCCCGCUGAAGGGCGUCUGCCCCUUGACCACUCCGCUGCCCUACCCCCCCCCCCGCGGUGUGCCCCGAACAUAG